AUGGCUCACAUACAAACCCUGGAUGCGCGGCUGUUACCCGGCGAGAAGAAAUCGUGGUUUCGUCGCUCGAGACGAAGACUUGUAAUAGUUGGUGACGUGCAUGGAUGCAAGGAUGAGUUGGACAAGCUGCUUUCACGGGUAUCGUUCAACCGUGAGAAUGACCACUUGAUUUUCGUCGGAGACGUAAUAACCAAAGGACCCAAGAGCGUUGAAGUAGUGCGUCUUGCACGAGAAUACAACGCUUCCUGCGUCCGAGGGAAUCAUGAAGAUAGGAUCCUGUUGACCCGUCGAGAGAUGUCAGUGUCUAAUGAUAAGCUGGAGACAAAAGCUCAUGUUCUUGCCCGUCAACUCUCGGAUGAUGAUGUAGACUGGCUUGAAUCAUGUCCUGUGAUUCUUAAGGUGGGAUAUGUCAGGGGCAUGGGUGAUGUUGUUGUUGUCCAUGGAGGGCUGGUUCCUGGAGUGCCACUUGAGCGUCAGGAUCCGUCGUCUGUAAUGACUAUGAGGACGCUUGAUGUGGAUAGUCAUACGCCUAGCUCUGGGAAAGUGGGAAUAGCCUGGUCUAAGGCAUUUGAUGAUUACCAGCGCCGUAUGGUGAAGGAGAAGGGGGCACAGCCUACUACGGUGAUUUACGGCCAUGAUGCGAAACAACUUCCGGUCAUACGAGAAUAUACAAAAGGUCUAGACACUUCAUGCGUCCGCGGCGGGAGACUUACAGCCCUGGUCAUUGGGGAUGGCGGGAAACAGAGCCUGAAACAUGUGAAGUGCAAGGGUUAUGUUGUGUGA